UUAACAUGUAUAAGAAAAUUUCAUGGUUUAUUAACAUAUAUUUGUCGUGCAAUCUUCCGGUUCGUGGCGUGGCGCCAAAUUAAAACAGCUAUUUAAUAAAGGUGCAUUUUAGAAUGCUGGAAGUCCAACUUAAAUUUCGAAGUAAACUUAAAUAUGAACAGUAAAAUUAAAAAAAUACGCCUUCCAGUAGAGCUGAAACAACUGCAGAAGAACAGUUCGGAACAUGGAAUCACUUGUGCUUUUGCAGAUUCAAAUGAUAACUCUUCGCAUUUAGUAGCAAAUAUACCGGGACCAAAAGGGUCUCCGUACGAAGAUGGAAUAUUUAAAGUGAGCAUCGUUUUGGGCAGCCAAUAUCCUUUCCAACCACCCACUUUCAAAUUCAUGUCGUCCAUCUAUCAUCCAAAUAUUGACAAUUCGGGCAAGAUUUGCUUGGAUUUAUUGCGUAUGCCACCUACUGGCUCUUACAAUCCUGCUAUUACACUGGAGUCAAUGCUGCUGUCAAUCCAGUUGCUUUUAUCCUCCCCUAAUCCAGACGAUCCUUUAAAUGGCGAAGCUGCCGACUUGUUCAAAACAAGUAGGGAACAAUUCAACAUAAAAGCACGCGAGUUAAUACCCAAAAAUUGUUUGAAUGCCGAAGAUUCAGAUAAGGAGACUGCGACCGACACAACACAGGAUGUCUCCAACAAGUGUGAUGAUACAGUAGUAGGACCAGCAUCAAAGCGAAAUAAACCCUGCUAAGCCCGGCCUCGCAGUUUGGGGGGAAAUUACAAAGCAAGCUGUUGAGGAA